CCAAGCCGAUUCGGAGAAGGUUUCAACCAUUAGCCGAUUUCCAAUCCCGAUUGACAGACGCGAUCUGAGGUCCUUUCUUGGUUUGGUUAACCAGUUGGGACAAUUCUCGAGCGAAAUAGCAAACAUUGCCGAACCUCUUCGAGGCUUGUUGAAGACCUCAAAUGUGUUUUUAUGGUUGCCCGAACACACUGCGGCCUUCGAACAGGUCAAAUCCAGCCUUGUUUCACCCCCAAUCCUUGUGUGGGAAGGAACACUUCAUUCCGGAUGCCUUGUCCCGUGCCCCGAUUGAUGGAAAGGAAGAAGACGAGGAUGAAGCAGACAAUCUUGGACCCACAAAUUUCCGUAUGGCAACGAUCCAAGCCAAGGAAUCCGACAUCACUGUAGAUGGUAUUGCCGCUCAGGCACGAGAAUCCCCCGAUUAUGUCCUCCUGAAGUCGUCAGUCGAGAGGGGAUCGAUUUGGACGGAGCACAACGGUUAUGUGUCCCUCUUCAAAAAAGUGGCGAACGAGCUCUCGGUUGAUGGCGACCUGGUUUUAAGGGGUGCUCGAAUCGUAAUUCCUCCCUCUGCAAUAAAAGAUGUCCUAUCCUCUUUACAUGCUAGUCAUCAGGGUAUUGAACGCACCAAGCGAAGGGCGAGACAAAUUGUUUAUUGGCCUGGUUUUAAUUCAGAUAUAUUCAACAUGAUUGAGACUUGUUCAGAGUGCGCUUACUUCAAGCCCUCUAAUAUUGCCGAACCCCUAAUCCAAGAUGACCGUCCAACCCGCCCAUUUCAAAUAGUCUCCGCCGNAACUGGGUUAUCGGCCUCGUCCGAGCUGGCCGAUUCUAAGCGUUUGGCCGAUGACCAUGCACGGAAGGCGUACUUCGAUCGGACCACCCGCAUUAGGGAGCGGAUCCCCGUGGGCGAACGCGUCCUGGUCCAAAAUCCAAUCUCUCGACGUUGGGACAAAGAGGCCAUCAUCGUUGACAAUCGUUCUCCUCGAAGAUACCUUCUCCGUUUUCCUUCUGGUCCUGGGCACUUUGCCUCAACGGCGGGUUGUGUGCCGGGGCAAUAA